AUGAUCAUGGCCAAAAAGGCUGAGCGAAGACAAGAACUUGAGUCUCGCAACAUGCAAUACAGCGACUCGGUGCCUUGUUCUGAUGAGCAGGGUGUAGAGAGCGAGCUAGAAGCUCUUCUGCCGAGAGGCCAGUUCGGCCCUGCGAAUCUUGUCACAGGCUUUCGCGAAGAGGUUCCCAGGCACAAUCAAUGCGAAAGAGUUCGAUGUCUCCCCACCGGCCACUAUCAAAUCGCCCUGAAAGCGGGUCUCGCACAAAACUGCCGCAGACCUACAUGGUACGAAAGGAAGGUGAUCCAACGCCCUCGCGGUCUGCUGCCUUCCAGCCGUCACACGGGCAAACUGAAACAGUCCCGCUCAAAAACGCCACCUGAACAGGUACCCCUAAGGCCCCAUCGACACACAUCACUGUCCAGAUCCAACACGUUUGCGGAGCCUCACCGGACUGCCGGUAGAGGCAGCUCGGCAGCCAGUCGUGAACCCAGUCUGACACGUCUGCAAAAGCAGUUCUCUCGCCUGCCGCAGACCUUUUCUAGGGCCGCUGCGAAUCCAACCAUCCUUCGAAGCAACACCUCGCCGGGCAUUAGAUCUGCUCAUUUGCCGAAUCCACCCCUACAAAACCGGGUAAUCAGGCGCUACUCUGUUUCUGGACUUUUACGUAUGACCUUUUGUGCAUCUCGCUUCUAG